UGCUGGGUCCUGAAGUAGUUGGUCCACACACACAAACACAAGGGAGAGACAGAGAAGUUUCCCAGGAAAGUUGAGUUUAUAUUAAGUUAUUAGGCUUUGAGGUGUUAUUGUUCUGACUUCAGCACUGUUAGUUGUCAUUAUGCGGUUGAGUUGGGGUUUAGUGUUAGUGCGCGUAUGGCUGUGUGUGUCGGAGUGGUUUGUGGUCACCGGCGCUUUCACACAGUCUCUGGACAGCGACUUCACCUUCACACUGCCUCCCGGACACAAGGAGUGUUUCUACCAAACCAUGAAGAAAGACGCAUCUCUGGAAAUAGAGUAUCAGGUCCUGGAUGGAGCAGGACUGGACGUGGAUUUCUACCUGUCCUCUCCUACAGGUCACAUUCUGGCCUCAGACUUCAGGAAGUCUGACGGAGUUCAUACAGUGGAGACAGAGGAGGGAGACUACAUGUUCUGCUUUGACAACACCUUCAGCGCAGUGUCUGAGAAGAUCAUUUUCUUCGAGCUCAUUCUGGACAACAUGGACGAUGGAGAAGAUCCCGAGAGCUGGAAGGAGUAUGUGCAAGGUGCUGACCUGCUGGACAUGAAGUUGGAAGACAUCAUGGACACGAUAAACAGCGUGAAGGCGAGAUUAGGGAAGAGUCUGCAGAUCCAGACGGUUCUGAAGGCCUUCGAGGCGCGUGACCGCAACCUGCAGGAGAGCAACCUCGAUCGCGUCAAUGUCUGGUCCUUCACUAACAUGAUUGUGAUGGUGGUGGUGUCCUGCGUGCAGGUCUACCUGUUGCGCAGCCUCUUUGACGACAAGAAGAAAACACGCACGUAACCUCUGCUCAAAAUCCAGGACUGAAAAGAGAAAAUGUCUCUUCCUCUUAUCUGUCCACUCUAGCUGAACCAAGAACACCCUGGAUUCAUUUCUCAGUUUAGAAAAUAAGACACAGAUCUUAUCUGAGCUGCUACAGGUGACCGACCUCACAGUAAAAAGGACAUGAUGGGUUUUUAGAUUAAAGUAUUAACAGAUAUUGUCAGAGCUUCUUAUAGCAUCAUUUUAUAUCAAAUAAAUACACACAUCUACACUGAUAUUUCUUUUCUUUCCCUCUUUGCCCCCAGAUCACACAGAUGACAUAUUACACGAUUUGCCCUCUCACUUUUUUUUUUUUUUCUCCGAAGCAAACCUGUUCAAUCAUCUGCACCACAAUUGUUUUUCCUGUAAGAUACCCAGGGAAAUGUUUGCUUUGGAUGUGCUGUGGAAGAGCGAUAGCAGAGGAAGCCUCAGCACAAUAGUGCUUAGAAGUAACCAAUAAAAAAAAAACAAAAAAAUCCCAGCGGCUGUGAUUUAAGACCUAAUAACAAUGCGUCUUUGCGAGCGCUCCCUACUGGGGCAGCUGCCCUCAUGGGCGCUGGCUGUUUUUGGCCCAGAAUUCCUGUAUCACCCCAGAAUCACUGCAGAGCAGAUGAGCAGAUCGUGUGACGGCCCUCCCUGACCGCAGUCUCUCUCUGGAGCGAGUUCUUGAACGACAUUUCAGGCUUUGGAAUUUGUUGGUAUGAGCUCAUAUCGGGCUCAGCUGAAGCCGACCUUGGGCGUCCACUAUGAGAUAAGUACAGCGUCUGAGCUCACAUCCGUAACAGAGCCGUAAACGACGUGUUUGGAGUCACGGUGACUUUAAACCCUCCUUCUGUGACGUAUCUACAGGAAAUAUUUCCAUUAGGAAGAUGAAUAAAUCAAUGUCAUCAAACGUUAAAAGCUUCUCUAGUUUUCACAACUUCAUAAAAAAACGAAUGGCUUUAUUUACUUUCCGUCAAAUACGUAUACGUACCUCGUCCCUCCUUCAUAUAUCCUAAGCUCUUUUUAAGGGAUCUAUAUUUUAUUUUGUUUUUUUAAGCAUGUACACUGUAGGCUGUUUAAUACCUACUGAUAUCUGAUGAGUAUAGAAUGUUAUACUGACUCUUCAUCAGUAUUUGUGGAACCCUCAGGAAAUCUAAGUAGUUUAGACAUUUGUAAUGUGCGUUUAGAAUAGAAAUAAUCUUAAAAAUAAUGAUCAUCCUUUCUUCAAGAUAUAUUGUUUGCCAUCUAAGAGUUUGGAUUAUAAUUACAGUUAUUGUAUAGUCGUGCUAUUAGUGAGCAGUAAUAAAAACACUGAUCUGUGCA